CAAUGUUUCGAAUUUUCAAUAUUUCUGUGCAACUAAUUUGUUUCUUCUUCUCUCUUCCUUCUUCUUCUUAUUUCUUUGUGGCUUUACGCCCUCAUAAAGGGCCAAGUGUUCUCAAGUGAUGAAACAUUUUUCAACAAUUGAGGUGCUACACGGGAGUCAAGUUGUCACCACACGUUCUUAAAAAUGUCUUAAAUAUGUUUCAACAAUAAGCUUUUUCAAUAGUUCUUGAGAAGUUCUAUAGUUCCCGGUCUCGUUCUAAGGGUUGCUUUGGGAACUAGUGGUGAGUAGCGGAGAACCUUUGCCCGCCACUGCACAUUCGUGUUACGUUUAGCUCGACUUUGACAGGAUUCGCAUUGUCGACGGAGGCGAUGAUCACAAAAUCAUACUUCAAGACUCGCCGCUACGAUUUAGCGCCAUACUUUUGGUAUCACCUAAAACCGUAGCGUUGUGCAUCUCCCUACUCAUAUCUGAUGAAAUUCAGCUUGUCGGCAAUCUGCGUAGUCGUCUCUGUUAUAACUUCUCAUUGAAGUUUAUCUUUAGUUAAAAAUGUGUUAUCCGGCCGGUAGGCCGGAUUUUUGUUCUCACAGUAACAUAACGUAACUUUACGUGGGACAUUGUGUUCAUGAUUUUGCACGAUUUUUAUUGAACAACUGCAAUGCCAGUAUUAUUGAUAGAACGGUAACUUGCAUUGACUUGAUAUAACCUAGAAGUGGCUAACCAAUGUCGAAUAACAUGUGAUAAAAAUAAAUUAACAUCAUGACGUCCAAGACGGUAUUUAUUACUCAGGAAGGCCCUGCUAAUGCUUUGGCCCUCAAUAAAGAUAAUAGUCAAGUAGUAAUAGCUGGACGUAAUGUAUUCAAGAUAUUUGCAUUGCUAGAGGACAGGUUUGAGGAAGUAUGCAACCUCAGAGUAGGAAAAAAUCUAAAUUUGAAUUUUUCGUGCAACGACGUUGCAUGGAACCUCACCGAUGAUCAUAUUUUAGCAACUGCUGCUACUAACGGUGCAGUAGUUGUAUGGAAUUUAAAUAGACCAUCUAGAUCCAAACAGGAGCAUGUUUUUGUUGAUCAUAAACGAACAGUGAAUAAAGUAAGCUUUCACAUGACAGAACCCAUGUGGUUAAUUUCUGGUUCUCAAGAUGGUACUAUGAAAUGUUUUGACUUACGUACCAAAGAAGCUACAAAAACAUUCUAUAGCAAUACAGAAUCUGUAAGAGACGUACAAUUUUCUCCCCAUCAACAACACACAUUUGCAGCUGUGUCAGAAAAUGGACAUGUACAACAAUGGGACUUACGACGUCCUGAUCGUUACUUUCAACAUUUUACAGCUCACAGUGGUCCGAUAUUUGCCUGUGACUGGCAUCCUGAAGCUACAUGGCUUGCAACAGCCUCCAGGGACAAAACCAUAAAGGUUUGGGAUCUGACAGCAAAGCCAAGUUGCGACUAUACGAUUCAUACCAUUGCUUCAGUGGGUCGUAUAAAAUGGAGACCGCAAAGAAAGUAUCAUAUAGCUAGUUGUGCUCUUGUUGUGGAUUGCAGUAUUAACGUAUGGGAUAUCCGGAGACCAUACAUUCCAUUUGCCAGUUUUAAUGAGCAUAAAGAUGUGCCAACUGGAGUUGCAUGGCGUGGCGAUCCUCAAUCAUUCUUAUCAACCAGUAGAGAUUGUAACUUGUACCAUCAUGUAUUCAAAGAUGCUACGAGACCAGCAAGUAAAGCCAAUCCGCAAGGUAUUGCUCUUAACGCUAAAGGCGAUAUCGCUUAUGCGUGUAAAGUCAAUGUAAACGCUCCAACGUCUUCGGUGCGAAAGCAGCUCAUAUAUCCAAGGAAAAUGCCAACGAGUAAUGACACAUUUUAUAUGGCAUUUAGUAUGAUGCACAGAUUUACUGUAACCACACCGCAGGAACCCAAAUGGUUUAAAGCCUGUGCCGAAGGUUAUUUGUUGAGUGGUAAACUAAAUGAAAUUUGUGAUCACAAUGCAGUUGUGGCUAGCAAAGCCGGUCGGAAUGAUAUUAGUACUGUUUGGAGUAUAACAAAAACACUGUAUACGGAUUCUUUGGGUAACAUUCUAACUACUCCACCGACAGUGUCUAAGGAAGAUGCAGUGAACACGUUAAAUUUGUCACAGAUGGCUAUUGGACCAAAUGCAGAACAGACAAAUACGGGCCACGAGAACGAUGUAAAGUCUCUCCAAGGAGAAGCACCAGGCGUGAUAAGCGGAGGUGAUGAUGAAACUGAAACCGAUGAAACCCCGGAAAAUCACCAUUUUAUCGGACCUAUUCCGUCCGGGCGCUCGUUCUCGGGAAGCAAACGGCAACCAAAGGGUGAUUUCUUUUUCGGAGAGGGAGAGCUCGAGCCAAUGACAAUGGAGUAUACCAACGCGUACAUGCACAAUAUUAUUAAUAACGAUAACGACUGGACUCUACCAAAAGAAGCGUUUCCUUUAAGACACGAAAUACAGGACAGAUCACCACCGCCAGAACAAUUCCCUAAUCAUUCACCAGACAUAAAUGAUGACACAGGUGCCAUUACCGUCGAAGAUCAACCAUGUCAACUGAUAGUAACAGCAAUUCCAAAACCAGUAUUUUGGGACCCAACUCAUUUGAUAGAAGAGGCACUAAGACAUCACGCAGCCAUAAGAGACAUUCAAACAUCAGUCUCAAUCCUAAUUGCUCUCGGGGACAGACGGAAAAUUCUCAAUAUAGAAAUGGCUACGCAGGAACAUUGGCUACUCGAAUAUAUAGAUAUGCUUGGAAGAUUUCAGCUCUGGGAAGUGGCUACGCAGAUUAUACAACUGGCUUGGAUGCCUUCGGUCUCCCAAUUAAAUCAACAGUCCACAACAAUUCAUGCAUGUUGUUCGACUUGUACAAAACCAUUACAGAGAUCUGCAUGGUUGUGUGAUCGCUGUCAUACAUCCAGACACGCACUCUGCUCUAUCUGCCACCAGGUUGUACGUGGUAUCUACGUUUGGUGUCAAGGAUGCACGCACGGUGGGCACGUUACCCACAUCAGCGAGUGGUUUAAUUCGAAUAGACAAUGUCCAACAGGCUGUGGUCAUCUUUGCGAGUACACUUAACAGAGAGCCUAUUAUAUCUUUUACAAUUUCAAACGCAAGACUGCAACGUUAUUACGUUCAAGACUCUCGUAUGAGAUCGCCGCUGUAUCGAUCUUCAUUGCACUUACUUCCUCUAAACAAGAAAGUCGGUACGUUUACAAGCUAUUUCACAAUGGUCUAUUUAUUUGCUAGAUAGUUAAAAAGAUAAUUCGGUUCCCCAUUUCAGUGUUACGUCAUGUUAAACACGAGUGUAUAUAUUAUACUUUAAGGAAUUAAACAAAGAGGCAUUGUAAAACAAUGA